GGCAACAAAACCAUUAGCAGCUAAUUAUCUCCUCAAUCUCCUCAAUCUCCUCAAUUACUAAGUUUGUUACAUGGCAGGCAGUUCGACUGCAGCCGCCUCUACCUUAAAUAACCCUCCGCCCUCUUGUGGGAAGAGGAUCACCAUUCUCAGCAUCGACGGCGGCGGGAUUCGUGGCCUCAUCCCUGCGAGGAUCAUCGAGUUUCUUGAAAAGCAACUUCAAGAGCUUGAUGGAGGAGAAGCGAGAAUAGCCCACUAUUUCGACGUGAUAUCUGGCACAAGCACCGGCGGGCUCAUCGCCACCAUGCUCGCAGCUCCCGGCGAGAACAACAAGCCACUCUUUGCCGCUGAGGAUAUCGUUGACUUCUACUUGCAAAACUCUGACAAGAUUUUUCCACAGCACAGGUCCGGAUGCCUCAAUCCAGCAUUAAAGCUGCUGGAUGCGUUCACUGGACCAAGAUACGACGGCAAGUUUCUUCAAUCCAAGAUUCAAGAACUCUUAGGCGACAAAAAACUAAGUCAAACGUUGACCAACGUUGUCAUCCCUACGUUUGACAUCAAACUUCUGCAGCCCGUCUUCUUCUCAACUUUUGAGACACAGGAUAUUCCUCUAAAGAAUGCUCUUUUAUCGGACAUCUGCAUCGGCACCUCCGCCGCCCCCACAUACCUCCCCGGCCAUUACUUUGAGACCCGGGACGAUCAAGGCAACACCAGGAGCUUCAACCUCAUCGAUGGCGGCGUAGCAGCAAAUAAUCCCACUUUAGUCGCGAUGAACCAAGUGACGAAGCAAAUUCUGAAAUCGAACAAGGAUUUCGAGUCGUAUAAACCGGUGGACUACAGUCAUUUUCUGGUGAUCUCGAUCGGGACCGGAGAACCUAAGCAGGAGGAGAGGUAUAGUGCCCAAGAGAGCGCUCGAUGGGGCUUGCUUGGGUGGUUGUACAACAGAGGGAAGACGCCCCUCGUCGACAUUUUCACGCAGGCGAGCUCGGACAUGGUGGAUAUCCAUGCAUCAGUCGUUUUCCAGGCACUGGAAUGUGAGGGCUACUACCUUCGCAUACAGGAUGAUACUUUGACUGACGUUGCGGCUUCGGUGGAUAAUUCAACGAAGGAGAACUUGAACAAUUUAGUUCGGAUUGGGGAGAAUCUUCUGGAGAAGCCGGUGUCGCGGGUGAACUUGGAGACUGGGCAAUCGGAGCCGGUGGUGGAUGGAAAGGGAGGAACGAUGUCGAACAAGGAACGGCUUGUUCAAUUUGCCAAGAAGUUGUCAAACGAAAGGAAGCGUAGGCAUGAAAAAUUGGCUUCGUCUGGGUGAUAGUUGUGUGCUUCAAUUCGAUCACCAAGAAUCAUAUAUAUAGUUGUUGUGUGCUUCUCUUUGGGACCAAAAUAUUUAAAUGGUGGCGGAUUCUA